AUGUCUAAGGCCGUUUAUGCUAGGCUUUGGAUGGCCACUUCACAGUUUCAACUCAGAAGGCAGUACGGUUGGAUGCAUGUAUGGAAACGCCUUUCACCUCUAGCUCUUGUUUGUGGAGCCCUUGGACUUUGGAUGUACUUCCCUGCUCUUAGCUAUGAUAAUCAAAAACGAGUUACAUUUGGUUUAUGGAAUCCUCCUGAUGUUGAUAGCGACAAACUCUUUAAAAAUAUAUUAAGAUUAUAUUUUUCUUUGAAAAUGAAAUUAUUUCCCGCUUUCUUAUCGCAUUUAAUCUGCCUUUCUCUUACUAUCGCACUGAGUUCCCCCAAUUUUAGCUAUGUUUCAGCAGAAUUCACUGCAAAUAAAGACAAUUUUUUCGCAGAAAACGUUUUAUCGCAUCUUUAUAAAUUGGGAGAUGAAAUGUACACAGAGUCUCCGGAGAAUAAAAAGCUUUUGAGACAAAUUUUGGACACAACCUCGGAGUCGUUUGAUUACAACGGUUAUAAAUGGUUAUUGGAGGAAAGUAUGAUAUGCUUAAAUAUACAACAGUUAGUUAAUGAAGUAGAUAAUUUGACCAAUAGAAAGUCAAGUAAAAGGUUUACCCAGGCUUUGGAUCAUCCAAGGUUCAACAAACCACAUUGUGACAGAGGAAGUUGGGUUGAUCCUAUGAGCGGAUUGAGUUCCUUUGGAAACUUUCCAGGCGGGCCUUACAGAGGUUCAGGCUUCAGCUUAACCACAUGGAUGGGAAACAUGUAUAAAAACGUCCAUACACCCGAAUCUGCGAAUGAACCGUCCGCUGCAAACAUGGCGUUACAAAUAUUUAACAUGGUUAAAGGAGUAAUUCAAACAAUUAUUGCAAUAAUAGUCGAUACAGUACCCCCAAUAGUCAUCGGAAAAUUCCCUGCAAAAUACGCAGCUAAGGUAGGAAGAACAGACGACUUUAGAUACAAAACAUGCGCUAGUAUUUUCCCAAUGUGCGCUACUGGUGCAGCUCAAGUCGCUCAAACAUUUCCCAUAUGUUUUCCCCAAUGUCUGGCGGUACUGGUGGCCUGUCCCGGAUUCUGGAUAGAUGGUACUUUAAAAUUUAGUCUAAUAAGUUUUACCAGAUAUUGGCGCAGCCUGUGGAUCAAACCAUUUAUAAAUUACCCGAGAAUACCACCUCAAUAUACAUCAUACGAUGCGUCGAAACUAUAUCCUGAAAUGUGCCCCAAAUAUGACCCCAACCAAGACCUACCACUUGACCUGUAUAGCAAAAAGGACGGGUUUCACUCCUCAAUAGCAGAUGCAUCAAACGAAAAGGCUGAGAAAUUACCUCUUUAUGAAAAACUAAUCAGAUCUCUGGAGUUUCAUUACGGACCAAGACCAAAACCAUGUGAUUGCGAAAAAAUGAAAGCCAAGUGUCAACUCCACAUUCCAUAUCCUAUACAUAUCAAGGCUUCUGAACAAGUAUCAGAGACUCAUUACGAGAAACCUGAACUUACAAGUGAGGAUGAAAAAAGAUGUUGUGAAGAAUGCAAACCAAUUUGGGAAGCCAUUUACUCCGUUAAAUAA